AUGGGAGGAGAGAAGGAGCUGUGCGUGGCCAUUUUCAAGGAGAUCGCAGGAAGGGAUCUCCUCACUGACAUCUCCAAAGAUGAUGAAGGCAAUAGUGGGAAUGAAGGUGAUGGUCCCCUGGCAGAUGAUCCCGAGAACAUGAAACAAUAUGAGUCAUUACUGGAAGCAUUUGAAGAUAAUGCUUUCCAGAGAUGUAGCAAGGCAGAGGCCUCUGAGAGCCAGCAUGUGUUGGAAAUGCACUGGAGGGACCUCAUUGGGGAGAGACAAGAUGACAGCAUUCAUCUAGAAAAUGCCCUUGAGGGCCUCCAUGGCAUCCUUCUCCACCCAGAAGAUGCUAUAGGAGACAAUCACUCUGGAUACAGUGAGUGUGAGGAAAUUGUCAGUCAGACCUCAAAUCUUCAGCAGCGUGAGACAUCUCAGACAGAGAAACCCCACAAAUGUCCCAAAUGUAACAAGGGCUUCAGGUGGUGCUCUGAUUUAAUUAAACACCAGAGAACCCACACAGGUGAGAAGCCCUUCAUAUGUGGUGAGUGUGGGAAAAACUUCAGGGUGAGCUCCCACCUUAUCUCCCACAGAAGAAUGCACACAGGAGAAAGGCCCUACCCUUGUCUCAAAUGUAGGAAAAGCUUCAGCCAAAACUCUCACCUUAGAAAUCACCAGAGAGUCUACACUGGUGAGAGGCCAUUUGAAUGUGUGCAAUGUGGAAAAGGCUUCAGUGAUCUCUCAACGCUUGCCCAGCACCAGCGAACCCACACGGGUGAGAAGCCCUAUAUGUGUCCCCAGUGUGGGAAGUGCUUCAAACAGAGUGCUCACACCAACAGACACCAGCAAGUCCACACAGGAGAAAAACCCUUUAGGUGUACUGAGUGUGGGAAGUGCUUCCAAAACAAGAUACACCUCAAGCAGCACUGUAAACUACACCUGAAAUAG